GCUGUUGUUGAUAUACACACACAGUCACACACACAUAUAUAUAUACACAUAUAAAUACAUAUAUGUUCGUAUAAUUAUUUAUAUAUUGAAGAAAGGAGAUGGUGCGGAUAUUACCUAUGGCGUCAACAAUUCGUCCUUCCAUUUCAUCAUCAUUCUCCAGGUUUGGCGGUGUCAUAUCCAUCGCCAAUCCUUCUUCUUCUUCGCGCUUCAAUUCGCUUCACUUCUCUUCCACUGUGCAAUCACCAUUGCAAAGUUUUGGUCUUAAAGCUUCUAAGUUAUUUAGACCAGAAGGAAACCACAAGUACGUGAAAACCAUUGUAAACAUGGCACAGGGAAGUACUGCAACCACCCAGGAAAAUGCCUUGGAGUGGGUAAAAACCGACAAGAGAAGAAUGCUUCAUGUUGUUUACCGUGUCGGUGACUUGGACAGAACAAUAAAGUUCUAUACGGAGUGCCUUGGGAUGAAGCUAUUGCGAAAAAGAGACAUACCCGAGGAGAGAUACACCAAUGCAUUUCUUGGAUAUGGACCAGAAGAUUCUCACUUUGUUAUUGAACUCACAUACAAUUAUGGAGUAGAUAAAUACGACAUUGGAAGUGCAUUUGGUCAUUUUGGCAUUGCGGUUGAUGAUGUUGCUAAGACUGUCGAUCUCAUAAAGGCUAAAGGUGGCACAGUAACCAGGGAACCUGGUCCAGUCAAAGGUGGGAAGUCUGUUAUUGCAUUUAUCGAAGAUCCUGAUGGCUAUAAGUUUGAACUUAUAGAAAGAGGUCCUACACCUGAACCACUGUGUCAAGUAAUGCUUCGUGUUGGGGAUCUUGAUCGUUCCAUUGCUUUUCAUGAGAAGGCAUUUGGUAUGGAGCUCCUUCGUCGAAGAGAUAACCCUGAAUACAAGUAUACCAUUGCGAUGAUGGGUUAUGGACCAGAAGAUAAAAAUGCUGUUCUAGAGCUGACUUACAACUACGGGGUCACAGAAUAUGACAAAGGAAAUGCCUAUGCUCAGAUAGCAAUAGGCACAGAUGAUGUCUAUAAAACUGCAGAUGCGAUCAAACUUUUUGGUGGGAAGAUCACCAGAGAACCCGGACCCCUACCUGGUAUCAGCACCAAAAUAACAGCAUGUUUAGACCCCGAUGGUUGGAAGACGGUCUUUGUUGAUAACAUUGAUUUCCUGAAAGAACUUGAAUGAUGUCGUGGAAAUUCCAAUAUGUCGAGGCCGAGAGUUCAGCAAUCAUCUGCUUUGGUAGGCUUCAUAAUCGAUCUGAAAAUGGUUGUUGGAGUAACACCUCCAUCAUAGUGUAGUUUUAAGGCCCCCAUUUUGUAGAUAAUUAAACAAUGGUUGUAACAUGUCACAAAUCAAAAUCAAAAUCUUGGUGGAAUGGCUAAUAAAUGUAUAGACCAUUUUUUGUUGUGGAGAA